UAUCGAAGCUGAUGUCUUAUCCGCCAGAAUACAUGUUUUCUUUAGAAAAUUUCACAACGGUAAUACAAUUAACGUUAUAAGACUAUGCAAAAUAGUACCUAAAACCUACUUUUCAUUUUGUAGGAUGUGAAGAGCUUGAUGUCGAUGUACUUUACAUUGCUGUCGAGUCAUGAUCAAUUUCCGACAAUUAUGACAGUAUGUAGUAAACUGUUCCUGUAGGAAAUAUUCCACAAGAGUAUAUUAAUACAGCGAAUAAAAUAAUGUUCUUAUUUGCUACGUCAUGUAAUGUCACAAAGGUAAUGAAAUUUUAUUUUGUUACAGAUAUUACUAAGCGAUAUUAAAAAGCUCUCCCACCCGAUGUCUCUCGGAGACCCCAGACACACACAUUUACAGAGGAUUGUGUCUGUUAACAGAGAGUACUUAUUUCGUUGCACUCCGAUCGAUACGUUCUCUCUGGAGGGAACUUGGAAAACGAGCCGCUCUCGUCAUCGGGGCUACGUUAUAGUUAAUGUCAAAGAAUCAAACACCACCUGUUCCUAUAAACUCCACGUGCCGGUCGUUGAUUGACGUGACACGCAAGCAAAAUUAUUACGCGAGAAUUAACUAUGUAUAACGGUUUCAUUGCAAGGGAAUACCAUCUUGAGUGGUGUCUCGUGUCGGAGAGUGAGCGAUCGGUUGUACGAAAGUUCGAGAUUACUUGUCUUGCGAUACCGAAGACGCAAUAUCAUUUUUCUAAGAACCAUGGAGAUCCGGAAAAAUUAUUAUGAUAUCGUCUGUAAAAUAUCGUCGCUCACUGGUUUGUGGCCGUAUCUGAAACCGAGAGCAAGAAUAUUUCGCGUUGGUCUACUGACUGUAACCAUGCUGACUAUAUUCAUUCCGCAAAUAGCGUAUCAAUUUACGUGCAAGACAAACUUGCAAUGUAUAUUCGAAGCGAUGACGUCAUACUUGCUGACAGUUGUGGCUUUUGUAAAGGUGUAUACGUUUCAAUUUAAUACUCACAAGAUUAAAGGCCUUACCCAACACUUGUUUGUCGACUGGAAAAGACUGGAAACUCCCAAAGAAUACGAGAUUAUGAAACUGUAUGCAAAGAACAGCAGACGAUUCUGUAUGGUAUAUGCCGUAUAUUACACAGUAGCGACAUUUACGUUUAUGUCAAUGACCUUUAUACCGUUCGUAUUCGACGUCGUAUGGCCCCUUAAUGAAUCCCGUCCCGUACUACCCCCGUAUCCGGGAUAUUAUUUCGUGGAUAAUCGGGAAUACUUUUUCAAAAUAUACUGCCAUUCCCUCAUCUCUUGGGAAAUCAUUAUGGUCGGGAUAGUCGCCCACGAUUGCAUGUUUGUAACUUACGUCGAACAUGUUUGCAGCAAAUUUGCCCUGGUCGGAUUCCAUUUCGAAAAUCUUUUUUGUAAUUGUGACGAAGAAAUAAAGAUUACAGAUAAUUCUGAUGAUACUUAUCGCAAAAGAAUCAAGUUAUUUGUACACGAACAUUGGGAGGCUUUAAAAUUUGCGGAAACUCUCGAGGAUACCUUUGUUGUACCUUUCGCCGUGCAAAUAUUGAUAGUGACUGUAGGGAUAAGUGUAACCUUACUGCAAAUUACGCAGCAGGAGGGCGAAGUUCUAGAAUCGAUCAGAUACGUGGUGUACGUCAUUGGACAACUGAUCCACUUAUUCUUUCUCAGUUUCGAAGGACAGAAACUAAUAGAUCACAGUCUUCAGACGGGCGAUAAGAUAUGCAAUAGCGCCUGGUACGAGGUGUCCGUGAGAUCGCAAAGGCUAAUCAUGCUGGUGAUGAUGAAGAGUACACGACCGAGUUUCUUGAGCGCCGGCAAAAUCUACGUUUUUUCUCUGGAGAGCUUCACCACGGUAAUGCGCGCGGAAUUAUUGCGUAAUUGUUAUAGAGCUUCUCGAAUGCGUGACACGACGUUCUUGUUUUCAAGGUUCUACAAACUUCGAUGUCGUACUUUACUGUUUUCGCAUCCGUUCAGUAACCCGAACUGUUUGUGCAUCAAGCGGAAUCAUUAUUACAAUAUUACAAAAAGGAUGUUAUCACUCGACGGCCUGUGGCCUUAUCAAAGUAGAGGAACGAGGUCCUUUCGAGUGAGCAUUUUCACUGUGAUCACUAUUUCGAUGAUAAUUCCUCAGGUAAUCCAAAUUAUUCGCUACGACGGAAACGCACGUAUUUUCCUGAUUAUACCGGCGGUACUACUAAUAGUUACGAUUCAGGCAAAACUAUACACGUGCCAGUUUAACACUAGCAAAAUCAAAAAUCUCAUUGAUCAUCUACGUGACAAUUGGGAGAAGCUGGAAGACGCGGAAGAAUAUGAGAUUAUAAAAACCUAUGUCGCACGUGCAAAACUGUUGUCUUUGAUAUAUUUCUUAUAUGUUUACGUGUCCACCUCUUUAUUUAUGUUAAUUACCAUCUCAUCUCAAAUAUUGAACAUUAUGUUACAUCUCAAUGAAACCCGACCAUUAAUGAUGCCUUUCGAUGCGUAUUACUUUGUGGACACUGAACAAUAUUAUUUCUACAUUAUCUUCCACAUUUGGGUAAGCAUAAUUAUAAUUUUAACAGGGGCAGCCGCACACGAUUGCAUGUAUUUGAUUUACAUCGAGCAUGUCUGCAGCCUCUUCACUUUAGCUGGGUUUUGUCUCAAGACUGUGUCACGUAAUGAUCGUAAUAAUGUUUCGAAUAAUAGUAAGAACGGCGAUAAGAUUUACAACCAAAAAACUGCGAUUUCCAUUCAUAUACACUGGCGAGCUAUAUGGUUCACGAACUAUUUUGAAGAUUUUUGCAUUUCUUUCAUCGUGAUUUCAACGAUAAUUACCAUAGCAAUAAGCAUUAUCCUCCUACAAUUUGAGGAAGUUCUACAAAAGGUAAAGUCAAUUGCAUUUAUCAUUGGUCAGUUGAUGCACUCGUUUUACUACAGUAUGCAAAGCCAGAAAUUGAUGAAUCACAGCAUUCAAUUGCGCGAAGAAAUAUACAACUCUUCCUGGUACAAAAUACUCGUGAAAUCGCAAAAAUUAUUUCUGUACAUGAUGCAGAGAAGUUUAGAACCUAAUUUUUUGAGCGCUGGCAGGAUUUUCGUCUUCUCUCUAAAGAGCUUCACCACCCUAGCCCAAAUUUUUCGCUGUAACGGAAACGGACGAUGUAUUUUCUUGAUUAUACCGGCGGUACUACUGAUGAUUACGAUUCUGGUAAAACUAUAUACCUGCCAGUUUAACAAUAGCAAAAUCAAAAAUCUCACUGAUCAUCUGGGUGAAGAUUGGGAGCAGCUGGAAGGCGUGGAAGAGUAUGAGAUUAUGAAAACCUAUGCCGCACGUGCAAGACUGUUGUCUUUAAUAUAUUCCUUAUAUCUUUACGUGUCCCUCUCUUUAUUCAUGUUAAUUACCAUCUCACCUCAAAUAUUGAACGUUGUGUUACCUGUCAUCAAUGAAUCUCGACCAUUAAUGAUGCCUUUCGACGCGUAUUACUUUGUGAAUACUGAACAAUAUUAUUUCUAUAUUAUUUUCCACAUUUGGGUAGGCGUAAUUAUAAUUUUAGUAGGGGCACUCGCACACGAUUGCCUGUUUUUUACUUAUGUCGAGCAUGUCUGCAGCCUCUUCGCUCUAGCUGGUUAUCUAAAUGUUCGCAGGUUUCGUCUCAAGACUGUGUCACGUAACAUUUGUAAUGAUGCUGCGAAUGGUAAGAACGGCGACAAGAUUUACAACCGAAAAAUUGCGAUCUCCAUUCAUAUACACUGGCGCGCUAUAUGGUUCGCGGAACAUCUUGAAGAAACCUUUUCAAUUUCUUUCGUCGUACAAAUGAUGAUAGUUGUCGUAGUAAUGAGCAUUACCUUGCUACAAAUUGCACUGCAGUUUGAGGAUGUUCUAGAAACGAUAAAGUCUAUUUCAUUUAUCGUUGGUCAGUUGAUGCACUUGUUUUGCUACAGUAUGCAAGGCCAGAAAUUGAUGGAUCACAGCAUUCAAUUGCGCGAAGAAAUAUACAACUCUUUCUGGUACGAAAUACCCGUGAAAUCGCAAAGAUUACUUUUGUACGUGAUGCAGAGGAGUCUGGAACCUAAUUUUUUGAGCGCUGGCAAGAUUUUCGUCUUCUCUCUAAAGAGCUUUACCACCGUAAGAAUUAUUCACAUUUAUGAUACUAUUACAAUGAUUUUCUUUGACGUUCUUUUUUUAUGGAUAUUCUUAUUUUAAAGGUUAUACAGUCUUCAAUGUCAUAUUUUACCGUACUUGCAUCCUUCCAGUGAUCAAUAGUCAAUAUAUAAUAUCGAUAGUAUCUCAAAGUAUGCACAGUUAUGUUAUAGUAAUAGAGAUUACGCAGUGGAAGUGCUUAUAUUUAACUUAUUAGUGGUUAACAAGUUACAUAAACUGUUAAAAUAUAUAUCGUUGUUAAAUGUAA